UGCUGCUCUUGAACGUCCCUCCCAGAGCGGGCGGAGCGUCGGAUGCGUCGAGAAAAUGUCAACAACAUGCCGGAGCCUUCCCGAGAAACAGAAACCGACAGGAGACAACAAAGAGGGCCAGGAAACCAGUCGACUCAUAACGUCGUGUCUGUAGUGUCUCAGUUCGCAGAUGAUAAUUUAACACUUGUGCGGAACAUUAGCACUGGACUGGCCAUCGCUGGCGUAAUUGUAAUAGCAAGGAGUAUCAAACUGAUCACAAAAUUUCAAGCAGUGCAUGAGAUCCCCGCUCGUUUCAUUGAGAGGAACGUCAGCCUUCGUGGGAAAGUUCAUUCCAUCACAGAGAGAGGACUAGAAGUGGAGCAUGUCCCGAUAUAUGUGCCAGUUAUCUCUCCGUUGCUUUCGAAGCAAAAGGAUGUGUCCGCACCUCCAUUGCUGGUGCAUCUUGCAGGAGUGGAGCUGACACCGGAGGGAAGGGCAUGGCUACAGGAGAACUUAGCUCCUGCCCAAAUAGUGUGGCUAAAACUCAUCAGCCGAGAGGACGACAGACUAAACUGUUUGGUGUCCCAAAGCAGGCAGGGGUCAUUGUGGAGCUGCUGUUUGAACGAAGAGGUCCUCCGUCUGGGUCUGGCUCGCACAGCGCCCGUCGAUGGAGUGCUGCCUGACUCUCACCUCUACUGGCGUCUCCACAAACGACUGCACAGAGCAGAGGUGAAAGCUGAGAGGAAGGGUCGAGGUCUGUGGAAAGAGGACAGCCUGUGGGAGAGGGCCUCCAAGGCUGUCCGGGAUAAUGCUUUGUUCAGCCUGAUGAGGAGGAUCUUUAAAAGGACUUGAUGCACUGAAGUGACCAGUUAAUGAGGCUUAAGGUUUUCACGAUAUGAAGACAUAAAACUUGCUAUUAGUUCAGUUUGUGCACUUGUAUCGUCUUUACAAAACUUGCAAAAUGGUGAAAAUCCAGGUGGUCAGAUUGCCGACUUAAAGCCAUAAAAACAUCUUAAUUUCCCGGAUUCUGCAAAAAGAAACACAGCGUUUGACACUAAUUCCCUGUUAAAGAGGUUCGCAGUUUAUUUUCAAUGUGUUCUCCAUUCCUUAGAAGUUCAAUAUGAAUUAAAAGGUUAUUAAAAGCUUUGUCUCAAAUCCUGAUACUAAUCCCUCAGCUUUCAUUACCCAUUAAACCACAGCUAAGCACA